AUGGUGUGUGUUGAUCAGUUUUUUUGGACAACAGACAAGGAAAUAGUGGAUGCACAGUGGCUCUAUAAUCAGUGUCCUUUACUCCUAAACGCCAUCGUUAAAAAUGCACUCAAUCUCAAUCCCCAUAUUGUUACAACGAUAAAGGCAACUACACCCACCAACAGUACCUACAAGACAAACCUCAACACCCUUCUCUCUUCUCUUUCUUCCCCCUCCAACAACGGCAAUGGCUACGGCUUCUACAACUUAUCCUAUGGGGAAAACCCCGACCAGGUUUACGCAAUCGGGCUAUGUCGAGGGGAUGUCACGGUGGACUUUUGCCGUGGCUGCCUCAGCAACGCCACACAACAGAUCACACAGGGCUGUCCCAAUCAAAAGGAAGCUUUCGGCGUAAUUGAACAGUGCACGCUUCGCUACUCCAACCGCUCCAUCUACGGAGCCAUGGAAACUUUCCCUCCUCUCAUGUGGUAUAACGCACAGAACGUGCCCUCCGACGUCGACGGGUUUUCUCAAGAACUGAAUACGCUACUGGAGGACCUAAGGGGUCAAGCUGCAGGAAACGGUUCACUUCGAAAAUUUGCGGUAGGGACCGCAACCUUUCCCAACUUCCAAAAUGUCUAUGGACUUGCGCAGUGUACGCCAGAUUUGACCGAGCAGGUAUGCUUCGUUAACACUACAACUAUCCGACCAUUGCCGUCUUCUCCGUCGCCACUGUCUAGUCCUCCUCCACCGCCACUGUCUAGUCCUCCUCCCCCGUCAACCAGUACAGGAGGAUCGAAGAGUGACAAAUCUCGAACUGUCAUCAUUAUCGUUGUGCCAAUUGUUGUUUCUGUGGUACUAAUAGUUAUGUUCUUCUGCAUUUGUUUAAGAGUAAGGAGGACAAAGAAAAAACUUGAAACUGGGAAGUUAAUUCCAGGCAACGACGAUACAGAUGAAAUUGGAUCUGCAGAAUCCUUGCAAUUUGACUUGGCCACCAUUAGAGUUUCCACAAAUGACUUUUCUGAAGCAAAUAAACUUGGACAGGGCGGAUUUGGAUCUGUUUACAGGGGUAGGCUUCUCAAUGGAAAUGAUAUAGCUGUAAAAAGGCUCUCUACAAAUUCUGGGCAAGGAGAUUUAGAAUUCAAAAAUGAGGUCUUGUUAGCGGCUAAACUUCAACACCGGAAUUUAGUUAGACUCUUAGGUUUCUGCUUAGAAGGAAGUGAAAGGCUUCUUGUCUAUGAAUUUGUCCUUAAUGCAAGUCUCGAUCACAUCAUAUUUGACCCAACAAAGCGUGCACAACUAGAUUGGGGGAGGCGCUACAAAAUCAUAGUAGGCACUGCUCGAGGCCUCCUUUACCUCCACGAAGACUCUCGCCUUAAAAUUAUUCAUCGUGAUCUCAAAGCUAGUAACAUCUUGAUAGAUGCAGAAAUGAACCCCAAAAUUUCAGAUUUUGGCAUGGCAAGGUUGUUUGUGCCUGAUCAAACGCAAGGCAAUACUAGUCGGAUCGUUGGGACCUUUGGGUAUAUGGCUCCAGAGUAUGCAAUGCGUGGGCACUUUUCUGUUAAGUCCGAUGUCUACAGUUUUGGUGUGUUAGUUCUAGAGAUAGUCAGUGGACAAAAAAAUAGUGGCUUCAGGCAUGGAGAAAAUGCGGAGGAUCUUCUAAGUUUCGCCUGGAGAAGUUGGAGGGAAGGGACAGCUUCAAAUCUAAUAGAUCCAACAUUGAAGACUGGUUCAAGAAAUGAAAUAAUGAGAUGCAUCCACAUUGGAUUAUUAUGUGUGCAAGAAAAUGUAGCUGAUAGGCCAACCAUGGCUUCUGUUAUUCUCAUGAUGAAUAGCUACUCCUUCACUCUCCCACUGCCCUCCCAACCUGCAUUUUAUUUGCAUAGAAGCAUUGCAUCGGACAUGUCCUUACGAUCUGAAUAUAAUUCAGGGGCAACAAGGUCAGAUCGAUCCAAGAGUAACUCUGUCAUAGUAAUGGAAUAUGAGACUUUUACUGAACCACAUCCUCGCUAG